GUUUUUGCAAGCACAAACACAUACACACAUACGCCUACCCGAUCGUAUGAGGCUAAAUCCCACGAUCCGAAGCGAUCCUCGUCUAUAUCCCGUGUAUUCCUAGGCCCCAAAGUCCCGCUAAAUGGCAACACACCUGCUUCGAAAUGGCGCUACCUUUUGGCUGCUCAGAAAUUGUAUUUCACGCCAGGCAACGAUAAAUCGCUGCCUGCAUGUGACCUCCACUCUGGAUAAGAAUGUCUCCUUCCAUCUGAGCGACAUCGGCGAGGGAAUCCGCGAGGUGACCGUCAAGGAGUGGUUCGUGAAAGUGGGCGACACUGUGGAGCAGUUCGACAAUCUCUGCGAGGUGCAAUCAGACAAGGCAUCGGUGACCAUAACCAGUCGCUACGAUGGCAAGAUCACUAAGAUCCAUCACAAAAUUGAUGAGAUUGCGCUGGUUGGCAAGCCUCUCGUGGAUUUCGAUGUUGUUGAUGAAGAAGACGAUGCGGAUGACUCCUCUUCCUCGUCCACAUCCUCGGACAGUUCUUCCAGCGAAACGGAGAAGGCAAAAUCAGAUGAACCAGAACUAACGCCCACUGGCGGUCGUGUGAUCAUUCCUGCCACGCCCUCUGUCCGUCGUUUGGCCAAGGAGAACCAGUUGGAUCUUUCCAAGGUGCCGGCAACGGGGAAGAAUGGUCGUGUACUCAAGGGUGAUAUUCUGGAGUACCUGGGACAGGUGCCCCCGGGUACAAAUGUACCACAUCCCACUCUGGCGGCUAAAAAGCCGACAGCUUCUGCUCCUGCUGCCAGUCCCGCUGCAGCUGCUUCUGUUUCUGUUCCCGCUGAUCGCGUGGAAGUGCUGAAGGGAGUGCGAAAGGCUAUGCUGAAAUCAAUGACCGAAUCCCUGAAAAUCCCGCACUUUGCCUACAGCGACGAGAUCGACAUGACCCAAUUGGUUGAAUUCCGCAACCAGCUGCAGGCGGAGGCCAACAAAAAUGGCGUACCCAAGCUCACAUUCAUGCCAUUUUGUAUCAAGGCGGCUAGCAUUGCGCUUUCCAAGUAUCCCGUUCUGAAUAGUUCACUGGACUUGACCAACGAGUCGCUGAUUUACAAGGGAGCCCACAACAUCAGCGUGGCCAUUGAUACACCACAGGGUCUUGUAGUGCCAAAUAUUAAGAAUUGCCAGGCCAAGAACAUCAUUGAGAUAGCAAAGGACCUGAAUGCACUGGUGGAACGAGGACGCACGGGUUCCCUGACCCCAACGGACUUUGCUGACGGCACUUUCUCGCUCUCCAACAUCGGAGUUAUUGGUGGCACCUACACACAUCCUUGCAUCAUGGCGCCACAGGUGGCGAUUGGUGCGAUGGGAAGGACUAAGAAGGUGCCUCGCUUCAACGACAAGGAUGAGGUGGUCAAGGCGUAUAUUAUGUGUGUUAGCUGGUCCGCGGACCACCGCGUCAUCGACGGGGUGACCAUGGCCAGCUUCUCGAACGUUUGGAAGCAGUAUCUGGAGCAGCCGGCUCUUUUCCUGCUGCACUAGACCACCUGGAACUCAAAAACGCUAACUCCCACGGAUAAGGCUGUAUCCCAUGCAUUUAUCUAGACUUAUCUAGUUCUUUUCUAAUUGUUCGACAAUCCGUUUUGUCCUGGAGCCAAUGCCAUGUGCCGCCUUCCAAACCCCGAAAUGUGCAUUUAUAGGAGGCAGGCUGCUCUGAGCGGCUCCUCGAUUACUUUAAGCUCCUGGCGCACAUGGCUGGCUUCCCGCUUAACCAUAUUUUUUUUGUUUACCUGCAUUUAUAUAUCAGUUUCUUGUAGUUUGUUAAGCAGCAGCUUUAGCGUACAGUUCAACUGUAGUGAGUGCAUUUAUUUUAAAGCAUUGUUUUAAUGGCUGUCCAAUAAAUAUCCAAAACGGUUUUUGUGAA